CAUUCGCUCUUAAGACUUGCCACUUUGGUUAAGAAGUUAAGUAGUUUGUUAAAUAUUUAAAACGCUGUGUUUAUUGUAAUUCAUAUAAUUAGCUUUUCUGCCUGAGAGUAAAGUUUCGAAAGGAUACAAAAGUUAAAUCAAACUAUAUCGAAAAGUUCACAAUUAUUGAAAAGUUUCGAUAGCUGGAAAUUCUACAAUUUAAAUAUACUACACAAACAAGUAUCAAGCUGAUAAGGAUAUCAAGUUGUUGAUCCUGUGAAAUACAUACUUACUUGUAUAAAAUUUUUUUUUGUGUGAUUUCUGGAGCUGCUAGACGUAAACACACGUUAAGCAAAACUACUUCAAAGUUUAAUUAACAGAAAAUUGGCAAGAAAAUUUGUUUUUUGAAAUAAGCAGUGAAAGUGCAUUUCGAAGGCUUAUUUUUGAGAACAGUUGUUAAACAAUAACAAAAAAAAAACAUUAUAAAGUUAUCAAAAAUUGCAUUUUGCAAUAAAUUUUUGAAUUUUCUUCGUAAAUUUAUAAAUCAAAACAAAAACUAACAAAAUGAUGGCCGUAGCUGCUGCACAAAAGAACCGCGAAAUGUUCGCUAUCAAAAAAUCCUACAGUAUUGAGAAUGGCUAUCCAUCACGCCGCCGUUCGUUGGUGGAGGAUGCACGCUUUGAGAGCCUGGUUGUUAAGCAAAAUAAACAAACUGUGCUGGAAGAAGCGCGCCAAAAGUCCAAUGACGAGGCCACUUUGGAGGAAUGCAUCCAGCAGGCAAAGGGUGCUCCAGUUGAGCAAGAAAUUGAAUUGCAAGCCGCUCAGUCGGUUGAAAAUGUGGAGAUUCCAGCUGAAGUACACGACAUCCUUGAAGAAACCCAAAAUGAAACCGUUAGUGCCACAACGGGCUCAGCUACUCAGGGUGAAGGUGCACCGGGCAGUAACAACAGCGACAGCUCAAAUGAUGCCGGUCUUACCGAGGAAGAAGUUUUUCUCGCCAAUGCCGCCUCUGAAUCGGUCGAGGCCGAGAAUGCCAUACAGAGCGCCGCACUCAUCGUACGCCUCAAGGAGGGCAUUUCCUCACUUGGCCGCAUACUCAAGGCUAUCGAAACUUUCAAGGGUACCGUACAACAUGUGGAAUCGCGUAUCUCUCGCGACCAAGGCGUCGAUCAUGAUGUGCUAAUCAAAGUCGAGAUGACACGUGCCAAUCUCUUGCAACUCAUUCGCUCACUACGCCAAUCAGGCUCCUUCAAUAGUAUCAGUCUAUUGGCUGAACAUAACAUUAGCGUCAAGUCACCCUGGUUCCCCAAACAUGCUUCCGAAUUGGACAACUGCAAUCACUUGAUGACCAAAUAUGAACCCGAUUUGGACAUGAACCAUCCCGGUUUUGCUGAUAAAGUCUAUCGCCAACGUCGCAAGGAAAUUGCCGAAAUUGCAUUCGCUUACAAAUAUGGCGAUCCAAUCCCAUACAUCGAAUACUCCGAUGUUGAAGUAAAGACUUGGCGUUCGGUUCUCUUGACCGUUAUCGAUUUGUCGAAGAAGCACGCUUGCCAAGAAUAUCGUGCCGCUUUCCAGAAGUUGCGCGAUGAGGAGAUCUUCGUCGAACACCGUUUGCCACAAUUGCAAGAGAUGUCGGACUUUUUGCGUCGCAACACUGGCUUCACAUUGCGUCCCGCCGCCGGUCUGCUGACCGCACGCGAUUUUCUCGCCUCGUUGGCAUUCCGCAUUUUCCAAAGCACACAAUAUGUGCGUCACGUCAACUCACCAUACCACACACCCGAACCUGACUGCAUUCAUGAAUUGCUUGGCCAUAUGCCACUCUUAGCUGACCCCAGCUUCGCACAAUUUUCGCAGGAGAUUGGUUUGGCCUCGUUGGGUGCCUCCGAUGACGAAAUCGAAAAAUUGUCCACUGUCUACUGGUUCACCGUCGAAUUCGGUCUCUGCAAGGAACAUGGUCAGGUGAAAGCCUACGGUGCUGGUCUGCUCUCGUCCUACGGUGAACUCUUGCACGCCAUCAGUGAUAAGUGCGAACAUCGUGCAUUCGAGCCAGCCUCCACUGCCGUACAGCCCUACCAGGAUCAGGAAUACCAGCCCAUUUACUAUGUGGCCGAGAGUUUCGAAGAUGCCAAAGAUAAGUUCCGUCGUUGGGUGUCGACCAUGUCGCGUCCAUUUGAGGUGCGCUUCAACCCACACACCGAACGCGUCGAAAUUCUGGACUCUGUCGACAAAUUGGACACGCUGGUGCAACAAAUGAACACCGAGAUCCUGCAUUUGACGAAUGCCAUUUCAAAGUUAAGGCGUCCAUUCUAAGUGCAUCCAUUUAGCCAUUCAAUUGGGCCCACACACAUUGAGAUUGAUAUGUAGGUGUAUGUGUGUGUGCGCGCGUGAAACCUAUGCAUGUGAAAGCAACUCAAACACACUCUAUCACCCAAGCACGUAUUUAUGUAUGUAUCGGUUUUGCCGGCAGCUGUGGCCAGCAUUUAGUUAUGCUGCACCUCGUAACUUAAAUUGACAUGCCGCUUAAAAGUUUACCAUUUGUUUUACUAAAUGCUACCUGUCAUACUAAUUCUAAAUUUUAUUUUAAAAUUAACGAAUUUUUUGAUGUUGUGGUUGAUAUUGUUUUUACACAAUAUUUACAAUUGAAGAUUUUUGUGUGUGUAAAAAA